AAAAGGAAUAGUAUUCGACGAAUCCCCAGCGACAUGAGCAACCAUUGCGUCGGCGGCGGCGCCGCCGGAGUCGAUGACUUGACGGACGACCUCAUCGCCGAGAUCCUCCUCCGCCUCCGGCCGUCCGAGCCGGCGUGCCUCGUCCGCGCCUCGGCCGUCUGCAAGCCCUGGCGCCGUCUCCUCACCGACCAGGCCUUCCUCCGCCGCUACCGCGAUUUCCACGGCGCGCCUCCCCUGCUGGGGUUCCUCCACAACGUCGCCGGCGGCGGCGAAGACCGGUACGUCCCCUUCACCGCCUCCCCGGUCUCCCCGCCGGACAUCGCGUGCCCUUGCUGGGUCGCCCUCGACUGCCGCCACGGCCGCGCCCUCCUCGACGAGUUCCCCUUCAGCGCCGACUUCACCGUGUGGCACCCCAUGGCGGGACGACGGCGCCGGCUCCCCCGGCCGGACCUCCCCUACUUCAUGUCCUACGCCGCCGCGGUGCUCUGCUCCGCCGUCGGAUGUAACCACCUCGACUGCCGCGGCGGCGGCCCCUUCCUCGUCGUCGUCGUGGGCAUCGACGAGCCGGAGCAGCAGAACUCGCGGCCGUGGGCGACCGUCUACUCGUCGGAUUCCGAUUCGUGGAGCCCAACGACCUCCGAUUACCUCAACCUAACCCUAACCCCCAAUUGCGACGUCGACAGGAAGCCCGCCGCCCUCGUCGGAGAUGCGCUCCACUUCGCCCUUGCGGAAGGUUCUGGAAUCAUCAAGUACAACAUGGGAGAGUGCUCGCUUUCUCGGAUCCAUCCACCUGUUGUGUACAAGGGAGGCAUUGUGGUGAUGGCAAUGGGGGGCAAUCUGCUCGGGCUCGGCGGCAUCGAGGGUUCCAUCCUCUCAAUGUGGUCUAGUGAUGUGAGCCUGGAUGGUGGUGUCAGAUGGGAGAAGAACAGGGUUAUCAAGUUAGAGAGCUUGCUACCAAGUAUCGAUUGCGUAGAGGCAGUAGCAUGUGAGCUUGCACAACCAGCACCGAUUGGCUUUGUGGAUGGUGCUGAUAUCGUUUUCGUUAGAACAGAUGCUGGCAUCUUCAUGAUUGAGCUCAAAUCAAUGUGUGUUAGGAAGGUUUGCGAGAGAGGAUACUUCAAAGCCGUCUUCCCCUAUACGAGCUUCUGCACUCCAGGCGUCCAUCUCCAGCAAAACAGAGUUCAGUUCAGUAGGAAGCGGUUGCUGGAACUAAGAGAAGGCGAUGUGGCAACAGGUAUGCAAUCCAACGGCAAGAGCCACAAGGGGCGACAGCCGUGACGGCCAAAGACCACCUACAAGGAUGGUGCUGGCAAUGGGCAGCGAGCUCUGCAGCAUUUUGUUGUCUGCGUCAGAGUAAAAAUGGCAGGGAAAUGUUUGGACAUGGGAGAGAGCCGAUUGCUUCUUCCCAUGUGAGUGAAAAAUUUCAUUUCAAAUAUGCACGGUUUGCUUGCAUUUCAACUAAAAUGUGAGGUACUUCCUCCGUUUCACAAUGUAAGACUUUCUAGCAUUACUCACAUUCAUUUAGAUGUUAAUGAAUUUAGAUGUUAACAAUUAGCCCAAAAGCCUGGUACAAGGAUUGAAAGCUGAAACUGAAAGGUGUGUAACUGUGUAACGAUAAGCCUAGAAGUAAACAUGAACCAUAGCUCUGAAAGUCAUGGCUUGGCACAAAUGGAUGGAGGGAAGAAACACGGUUGGUAAGGCUAAAUAACUGCUUCCUUAGAAUAACUGUUGGUAAGGCCAACCGUAAACAAAAUACUAUUGUUUUUUUUCCUCUCUGUAUCUGAGAGAACUUAGAAUUCUACAUUUGUAGUAUCAUAAACCAUCUUUUCAAUUUUUAUUCGAAAUUGUCCCUUCUUUA